AUGGACAAGAAGUCUUCCACCAAGAAAGGUCCAGAGUUCUGUUCCUUACGCUAUGGACUGGCUCUCAUCAUGCACUUCUCAAACUUCACCAUGAUAACCCAGCGUGUGAGUCUGAGCAUUGCAAUCAUUGCCAUGGUGAACAGCACUCAGCAGCAUGGUCUGCCCAAUGCCUCCACAGAAGGACCUCUUGCAGACACCCUCAACAACCCCAGCAGAUCCAUGAAGGAAUUUAAUACAGGGGCCUCUGUAUAUGAAUGGAGCCCAGAGACUCAGGGUAUCAUCUUUAGCUCCAUCAGCUAUGGGAUAAUAGUGACUCUGAUCCCAAGUGGAUAUUUAGCAGGGAUAUUUGGAGCAAAGCAGAUGCUUGGUGCUGGUCUGCUGAUCUCCUCUCUUCUCACCCUCUUUAUGCCGUUGGCUGCUGACUUCGGAGUGAUUUUGGUUAUUGUGAUUCGGACAAUCCAGGGCAUGGCCCAGGGAAUGGCAUGGACAGGUCAGUUUACAAUUUGGGCCAAGUGGGCUCCCCCACUUGAACGGAGCAAGCUCACCAGCAUCGCGGGCUCAGGGGCAGCGUUUGGGUCCUUCAUCAUCCUCUGCGUGGGGGGCCUAAUCUCACAGGCCUUGGGCUGGCCUUUUAUCUUCUACAUCUUUGGUAGCAUUGGCUGUGUCUGCUGUCUCCUGUGGUUCACGGUGAUUUAUGAUGACCCCAUGCAUCACCCAUGCAUAAGUGUCCGGGAAAAGGACUACAUCGUGGCCUCACUGGCUCAACAGUCCAGUUCUCCUAGACGAUCUGUCCCCAUAAAGGCUAUGGUCAGAUGCCUACCACUUUGGGCCAUUUUCACGGGGUUUUUCAGCCAUUUCUGGUUAUGCACCAUAAUCAUAACAUACCUGCCGACGUACAUCAGCUCUGUGCUCCACGUGAACAUCAGAGAUAGUGGGGUUCUGUCCUCCCUGCCCUUCAUUGCUGCUUCGAGCUGUACGAUUCUAGGAGGCCAGUUGGCAGACUUCCUUCUGUCCAGGAACCUUCUCAGAUUAAUCACUGUACGAAAACUCUUCUCAUCUCUAGGGCUCCUCCUUCCAUCGCUAUGUGCCGUGGCCUUGCCCUUCGUGGCUUCUAGUUAUGUGACAACCAUUAUUUUGCUGAUACUCAUUCCUGGGACCAGCAACCUGUGUGAUUCGGGGUUCAUCAUCAACACCUUAGAUGUCGCCCCCAGGUAUGCAAGCUUCCUCAUGGGAAUCUCAAGGGGAUUUGGGCUCAUCGCAGGAAUCAUCUCCUCCACGGCCACAGGAUUCCUUAUCAGUCAGGAUUCUGUGUCUGGAUGGAGGAAUGUCUUUUUCCUGUCCGCUGCCGUCAACAUGUUUGGCAUGUUUUUUUACAUCACAUUUGGACAAGUAGAAAUCCAGGACUGGGCCAAAGAGAAGACCCUCACCCGCCUCUGAGGAUAUU